ACUCUUCCUCACCAUAGACGAUCUUUGUCGGAACCGUUUAUAGCAGUUCCGCGCACGCGCAGACGCCGCGCGGUGACGGCAGCCCGGCUUCGUCCUCCUCUCCGUGCCGUCCCGGUGCGGAGCGGCGCCAGAGCCGGGCCCAGCUCGCCCUGACGCCGCAGGUAGGUCGACCUUCCCCCGUCUCCGGUGGCCGUUAACGGGAGGACUUGGCUGCUUGUGACCGCUCGGUCCCGCGAGGUUCGGCUCGAUGGCUGCGCUAACGAGACGCCUGGAGACCGCUUGAGGAGACCCUGGUCCUGGCCUAGACCCGUCCCACCACGUAGCCCCGCCCACUGCCUGAACAUGUUUGCACCUACUCCCUACACUCAGAGGGCAUUCCGAUCCUUGGCCAACGAUGACCGCCAUGUCAUGGCAAAGCACGCCAGCAUCUAUCCGGCCCCCAAGGAGCUGGAGGCGGUCCAGACGCUGGUGUCCACAGUGGAGGGGGCCCUCAAGAAGGUCUCUGAUUGGCUCGAUGGCCCCGGCAGUUCCUCCGACGUGGGCGAUGCCAAGGUGGACGAGGACGCCACCGACGGCACCAAUCCGCCCCCGUCCUCCGUGUGUCCCCAGGCUGGACGCCACGUCCACACUGUGUGGAGUGAACAGGGUGGGUCUGCUGUCCAAAGGCCUGCUGAUCAAAGACGACAUGGACCUGGAACUGGUUCUGCUGUGCAGACAGAAACCCACCCAGCUGCUGCUCUGCACCAUCAGCGCCAAUCUGCCCCUUCAGAUCCAGACGUUGACGGAGGACAAGUACGAGGUGCGCUCCUGCGUUCCCGAGGCCGCCAUCUUGGUGUGCAACACUCAGGACCCCCGCCUCAGCCUGAAGAUCACUCUGUCCUGCUCGGACACGAGGGCGGAGCCGAGCGGCACACAGCCAGCAGGGGCUGACAGCGAGACGCCGCGGAGCGAAGACGGCGACGACGGCGUCCUGGAAGGCCAGAAGUGCCGGGCGGCGCUAGCCUCGCUCCGACACGCCAAGUGGUUCCAGGCCCGAGUGUGUCCUCUCAAGUGGUGUGUGCUGGUGCUCAGGCUGCUCAGGGACGUGUGCAACCGACUGGCGGCGUGGAGGCCGCUCAAAGGAUGGCCUCUGGAGCUCAUCUGUGAGAAGGCCGUGGCCACCUGCAGUGACCCCACGGGGCCAGCAGAGGCGCUGCGAUGCGUCAUGGAGUGCAUCGCCUCGGGGAUUCUCCUCCCAGGAGGUCCAGGAGUCCAGGACCCCUGUGAGAAGGAGCCCACUGACACUGUAGGUCACCUCAGCAGCCAGCAGGCCGACGCCGUCACGCACAGUGCACAGCACGCUUUAAGACUCCUGGCCUUCGGACAGCUUCACAAGGUCUUGAACAUGGACCCCCUCCCCAGGGGCCGGCCUUCGUCAGGACUCCUGGAAGGCAGCCGUCGGAAGCGAGUCCGCGGCGCCGAAGACGACAACCCCGAAGACGGAGACCUGAUGAAGAGGAUGAGAGUGCUGGACUGGAGGAUGGCGGACCCCAACCACCCCAUGAACGCCCUCAUGCGCCUGAACCAGGUCCAGCCGGGCCUCCAGUACCGCCUGCUGUCCCAGUCCGGCCCGGUCCACGCGCCCGUCUUCACCAUGGCCGUGCAGGUCCAGGGACACGUCUACCGGGCCAGCGGGACCUCCAAGAGGAGCGCCAAGCUGCAGGUGGCCCUCAAGGCGCUGCAGGCUCUGGGCUACGUGCCAAGCGGCGAGGCCGACUCGCUCAGUGCCGACGAGAAGUCUGACGGCGAAGGAAAGAACGACAGGAUGUCCAUCACGUCCUCCACCGACUCACAGGAAUCCAGAGCUCCGGGUCCCAUGCUGACGGCGAGAGGGAAAAAUCCAGUGAUGGAGCUGAACGAAAAACGCCGCGGCCUCAAGUACAAGCUGGUCUCCGAGAGCGGCGGCAGCUACGACAAGCGCUUCAUCAUCGAGGUGGAGGUGGACCAGCAGGUGUUCCGCGGCACGGGUCCCAACAAGAAGGCGGCCAAAGCCGGCGCCGCCAUGGCCGCCAUCAGCAGCCUGUUUGCCGGGUCCAAGUGUGCGGGCGCCAAGAAGAAGAGAGUCAUCCCGCCGCCAAAGCGACCUAUGACCUCGGUGCUGACGCUCCCGCCGCUCGCCGCUGGGCCCUUGCAGGUGUCCCUCAUUCCCAGAGCGUCCUUCGCCAGCACGCCGCCCCCCCACGCAUACAUCCCUUCAGGCUUUGGUGCUCCGUUUGGCUUCAGCCCCGCCGGACCCCUCCCAGGAUACGGCCGUCUGUACCUGGAUGGCGCCUUCUACCAGCCGCAGACUUUGGCCCCGCCCAUCAUCAUCCACCUGGGCCCUCAGGACCUUUUCUGACAGACUCUGUCGCCACGGAGACGAAGGGGUUGAAAAACCAAAAGCAAUAAGGAGGACGACGCCCCCUUUUUGUCACAUGACCGUGUGGUAACUUUUUUGACUCAAAGCAAUACUUCCAACAUGUGAAUAAAUAUUGUUACUGUUAGCGUGUUUAGAAAACUGUCACGUGGACUCGUGUAGUGCCGGGGGGCCAAAACUUCUUCCACUGAGGGCCACAAACUCACCAAUCAAAAGAUGCAAGGCCAAUUUGCUAGUUUUCACCUCCAAACUCAGUACAAAAUAUAUAUUUGUUUCUUACAAAGGGUUAGAAAAAUGCAAUUUUUGGUCAAAAGUUUGUGAAUGCUGAAGAGCUAAAGCGGAACCGAAAUGCUAACAGUUAGCAAUCUGGCCAGAUAGCGUCAAGUAGCAAAAAAUAUGAGCUGAAUUACCUAAAAAAUACUAGCAUGCUAACAGUACUAUGCUAAUAAUAGCAUGUUUACAGUUAGCAUUAGUGAAACACCAAAAUAUCGGAUAUUGUGGUGUAUACUUGUUAAAUUAGCUUAAAAAGCUAGCAUGCUAACAGUUAGCAUGAGUGAAACACCAAAAUGUAGGACAUUGAGGUGUGUACCUGUUGAAUUAACUUGAAAAGCUAGCAUUCUAAUAUUGGCAUGCUUACAGUUAUAAUUGGCGAAACACCAAAAUAUAUGACGUUGAGGUGUGUACCUGUUAAAUUAAUUUUAAAAAAGGUAGCAUGCUAAUGUUAACAUGCUUACAGUUAGCAUUAUUGAAACACCAACAUUUUGACAUUGAGGUGCGUACCUGUUUAAUUAGCUUGAAAAGAAGCUAGCAUACUAAUAUUAGCAUGCUGACAGUUCUAAUUGGCAAAACACCAAAAUAUAUGACAUUGAGGUGUGUACCUGUUAAAAUAGCUUUAAAAAGGUAGCAUGCUAAUGUUAACAUGCUUACAGUUAGCUUUAGUGAAACAACAAAAUUUUGACAUUGAGAUGUGUACCUGUUUAAUUAGCUUGAAAAAAGCUAGCAUGCUAAUAUUAGCAUACUUACAGUUCUAAUUGGCAAAACACCAAAAUAUAUGACAUUGAGGUGUGUAACUGUUAAAAUAGCUUAAAAAAGGUAGCAUGCUAAUGUUAACAUGCUUACAGUUAGCAUUAGUGAAACACUAAAAUUUUGACAUUGAGGUGCGUACCUGUUUAAUUAGCUUGAAAAGAAGCUAGCAUGCUUACAGUUAUAAUUAGCGAAACACCAAAAUAUAUGACAUUGUGUAUAUCUGUUAAGUUAGCUUAAAAAAUGUAGCAUGCUAGAAAUAACAUGCUUACAGUUGGCAUUAGUGAA